GCGGGAUAUUUGCCAGUGGCGCUUCAGUUUAGCAUGCAUCUACUGUAACUAACUAGCUUUGCGCCGUUUUGCAUCAUCAAUUCUAAGAUGUGCUUGGUCAUUUUAAAAAAUAUAUCAUUAAGUGGUUAACUUCCUUUGCACUUGCUUAACCGUUGAGAAUGUACAGUAACUCAAAAUCCAUUAUUUCUCAAUGGAAUGAUCACCCCCCCCCCCACCACUCCAUCUUUAAUUCAAACUAUUUUGAGUUCAACCAACAGCCACUGUAGUAUUCUUUUAGCAUGUAGGUGAUGAAAUGCAGUACUUGGACGGAAUACAUGUCCUCAGCCCGGAGUAAUGCGUUGUGUCUCAGCCUCAUGUCGGUGCCGUAUAAACACACAGAUUGUCUCCAUGUAAGGAGAAGAAAGAGCGCAGCUGCUGUGUUUGUCUCUGAAACACUUCUGUCCACACAGCAACAUAAAUACACCAUUUCAGACGGACUAUUUACUUUGUAGACGCCUAUUACAUGUUUUUUUGGGUGGUUGAGGCUGAGCCAUCUCGCCCCGUCUCCAUUUGUCAGCCGUGUGCACGCAAGCAGCCGUAGUGGGGGCGCACUCUCCGAUAUGAUAAAUUGGCCAGCUCCUGUGGACCGACAAGCAUCUCCCAGACAGAGACCACUGAAUAAGAUGCCUGCCUUUAUACUUUGAGGAAGUGGUGAGAUUUUCUGGAACUGAGUGGAUUGAGUGGAGGAGAGACUUUGCAAUUUGGGCUUCUUCUCUGUCUUACCUAUCACAGGGGACGGAGGUGAGGGUCCAAGAAAAUGGCCAGAAUUCAUCUCUCAGGGUUCAUCUUCUUGUGUAUGGUCCAUGUCGCCAUCCUUCAACUGACCCCUCAUGGUCCGAGGCCGGUACCCAUGCCCGGAGACCGUACAGAUGAGAAUCUGCCAAUACUAGAAGGUUGUGAGACCAGGACAGUAAACUGUCCAAUCAAGUUGUUCUUCACCAUCGACACCUCUGAGACAAUUGCCCUACAGGAGUCCCCGCCCGGAGUACUGGUGGAUAAAAUCAAGGAGUUCACACGGGUUUUUGCCCAAAAGCUGGUGGAUGAGGAGUACCGAGGUCUGGUCCACAUCACCUGGUCCAUCGGAGGUCUACACUUCUCACAGAAGCAGGUGGUCUUCAGCCAGUUUGCAACCAGGGAGAACUUCAUCAGGAGCCUGGGUGGAAUUCGAUACCUGGGCAAAGGCACCUACAUCGACUGCGCUCUCAAAAACAUGACGCACCAAAUGACUCAACACGACUCGGGAACGAAGGCGGUCUUCUUCUCUGUGUUUAUCACCGACGGCCAUGUGACAGGAAACCCCUGCGGCGGGAUAAAGGUGACAGCGGAGAGGGCCCGUGAGCAGGGGAUUCGCAUUUUCUCAGUGGCGGCAUCGAGGUCCCUCGAUGAAACAGGAAUGCGGGAGAUUGCCAGUUCGCCUGCUGAAGUUUACCGCGACGACUAUUUGGCUGUGGAUGUCGUCGAUGGCAGACCGAAAAUAAAUAGAGACUCCAUUGAUCGGAUCAUACAGGCCAUGAAAUAUCAAGCCUAUUUAGAGUGCUACCAACAGCAAUGCUUGGAGACCCCAGGGAAUCCUGGACCAAAAGGACCUCAAGGGCCAAAAGGUACAAAAGGAGAUAGCGGUUAUCGCGGACCAAAAGGUGAAAAGGGAGGACAGGGUGAUCCUGGCAUUGAGGGUCCAAUUGGACGGCCCGGACCAAAGGGAGAAGUCGGGUUGAAGGGCGAGAAGGGUGAAGUAGGAGCAAGUGGAGCAAAGGGUUUGAGUGGGGUACCUGGCCAGAAUGGAACCGAUGGACAGAAGGGUAAGGUUGGCCAUAUUGGGGCUCCUGGCUGCAAGGGGGAACCAGGCGACAAAGGACAAGACGGCUAUCCAGGAGACGUUGGGGAUGUUGGCCUUCUGGGCAAAAAGGGGGAAAAGGGAGACCUUGGCCUCCCCGGCAAGUCAGGUGCUGUUGGCCCUGAGGGUGAAGGAGGACCAAAGGGUGAAAAAGGAAAUCCAGGAAAUCCAGGACCCCCGGGAGAAAAGGGACCAGCGGGAACGCCUGGCUUACCUGGACCAAAAGGCGUAUUGGGAAGAAGAGGACACGGAGGACCAAAGGGAGCUCAGGGAUCUGUUGGGAAAAAGGGAGAAAAGGGAGAACGAGGGCCACAGGGAAGCAGGGGGCAACCAGGGAAUGAUGGACUUAAGGGUGCAAAGGGUGAUUCUGGACUCCCAGGUCCGAGGGGCCAGGCAGGAGAACCUGGAGGUCGUGGAGCAAAUGGCAUCUUAGGAAAUCCAGGAGAUUCUGGACCGAGAGGAGACUCGGGCCCCCAAGGACCAAAGGGUGAUCAAGGAAGACAAGGAUUCAGCUACCCUGGACCAAGAGGACCUACUGGCGACCGGGGCGAUCCAGGGAGAAAAGGACCAAGGGGUGGUCGAGGUGAAUGCGGAGCCAAGGGAGAGCCAGGAGACAAAGGUCCACGUGGCGAGUCUGGGGAGCCAGGUCACGCAGGAGAACCGGGAGCCAGGGGAAUAAGAGGGGACCCUGGGCCUGAUGGUUACCCUGGACCAAUGGGCGAUCCGGCACUGACUGAUUGUGACGUCAUGACUUAUAUAAGGGAGACUUGUGGUUGUUGUGACUGUGAAAAGAUCUGCGGUGCUCUGGACAUCGUAUUUGUCAUAGACAGCUCGGAGAGUGUCGGUCUGACUAACUUCACCUUGGAAAAGAACUUUGUCAUCAACACCAUUAAUCGUUUGGGAUCUAUGGCCAGCAACCCCGCAUCUCCGACCGGAACAAGAGUUGGAGUUGUUCAGUACAGCCACAACGGGACUUUUGAAGCCAUCCGUCUCGACGACCCCGACAUUAACUCCAUGUCUACUUUUAAAACGGCGGUGAAGAACCUUCAGUGGAUCGCUGGGGGCACCUUCACCCCCUCGGCUCUUAAGUUUGCCUAUGACCACCUCAUCAGGGACAGCAAGAGAGCCCGCGCCAAAGUGUCCGUGGUGGUUAUCACCGAUGGACGCUUUGACCCGCGCGAUGACGAUGAUCUUCUCACGUAUCUCUGCCAUGAUAGCAGCGUAGUGGUAAACGCCAUAGGGGUUGGAGACAUGUUUAGAAAAGCACAGGACGACGAGAUCCUGGGUUCCAUAGCUUGUGACAAAAAGGAUCGGGUCACUGGAAUGAAGAACUUUGUUGACUUGGUCGCAGAGGACUUCAUCGACAAAAUGGAGACUGUGCUCUGUCCCGAUCCGGUUGUUGUGUGCCCCAAUCUCCCCUGCAAGAGUGAGCCUGAUGUGGCCCCAUGUGCCCAGCGACCAGUGGAUGUGGUAUUCCUGCUCGACGGCUCAGAGCGCCUCGGUGCGGACAACUUCCGCCACGUUCGUGAAUUUUUACAAACGCUGGCAGAUAGACUGGUACUGGCCCGGAGUAGGACAGAUCGCCUGCGAGCUCGCUUGGCUCUUCUGCAAUACGGCAAGGAUGGGGAGAACUAUCUGGCUUUCCCUCUCACACACGAUCGUGUCCUUGUUUCUGACGGCGUGGCUCGUCUGCGCUAUCUGGACUCUUCGUCGAGCGUGGGGCCAGCCAUCACCCACGCUAUUAACAGAGUGCUUGGCAAGGGAACAGCUCGCCAGACGAGACGCGUCGCUGAGAUUGCGUUCGUUUUCAUCACAGACGGCGUCACAGACAGGAAAAACCUUGACCAGGCGGUACGCGCCAUGCGUAGGGAACAGGUCGUUCCCACAGUGAUCGCUGUAGGAAGCGAUGUGGAUCAAGAAGUCUUAACGAAGUUGGCCAUGGGAGACGAGAACGCCAUAUUCAAGGCCAAACACUGGUCCCAGUGGCAGUCGGGCUUGCUUGACCAUUUCGUCCGGUGGAUAUGUUAAAGACAAACCACACUGGAGUCAUUAACCUAGUUUUGGUGCUACUACUGUUAAUUUGUCUGGCAUACAAACAUACCACAUUUCCCGAUGCCGCUGUACAGUCAAUAUCUGUAGCAACCCUAAGUGCUAUACACACACACACAGACACACAAUAAAUCACAUUUAAGAUAAUAAA